GCCACCAGGGUCGCCCCCGCCCCAAGCGCUUUGAAGCCAGCCGGUGCCCCUUGCCCGCUGCCAGCUGCCCGCUAGCGGCUGCCUGGCUCGGCUGGCACCAUGCUGCCCGCGCGCGUCUGCCUGCUCAUGCCCCACUUGCUGCUCAUGUUGGUGCAGCUGUCCCCGGCCGGGGGCCACCGCACCACCGGCCCCAGGUUUCUAAUAAGUGACCGUGAUCCUCAAUGCAACCUCCACUGCUCCAGGACUCAAGCCAAACCCAUCUGCGCCUCUGAUGGCAGGUCCUAUGAGUCCAUGUGUGAGUUCCAGAGAGCCAAGUGUCGGGACCCAGCCCUGGGCGUGGUCCAUCGAGGUCGAUGCAAAGAUGCUGGCCAGAGCAAGUGUCGCCUGGAGAGGGCUCAGGCCUUGGAACAGGCCAAGAAGCCUCAGGAGGCCGUGUUUGUCCCAGAGUGUGGCGAGGAUGGCUCCUUUACACAGGUGCAGUGCCAUACUUACACGGGGUACUGCUGGUGUGUCACCCCAGAUGGGAAGCCCAUCAGUGGCUCUUCUGUGCAGAAUAAAACUCCUGUAUGUUCAGGUCCAGUCACCGACAAGCCCUUGAGUCAGGGUAACUCAGGAAGAAAAGUCUCUUUUCGUUUCUUUUUAACCCUCAAUUCAGAUGACGGCUCUAAGCCCACACCUACGAUGGAGACCCAGCCUGUGUUCGAUGGAGAUGAAAUCACAGCUCCUACCCUAUGGAUUAAGCACUUGGUAAUCAAAGACUCCAAAUUGAAUAACACCAACGUAAGAAAUUCAGAGAAAGUCCAUUCUUGUGACCAGGAGAGGCAGAGCGCCUUGGAGGAGGCCCGGCAGAACCCCCGAGAGGGCAUUGUGAUCCCCGAAUGUGCCCCUGGUGGGCUCUAUAAACCUGUGCAGUGUCACCAGUCCACGGGUUACUGCUGGUGUGUCCUAGUGGACACAGGGCGCCCGCUGCCCGGGACUUCCACACGCUAUGUGAUGCCAAGCUGUGAGAGUGAUGCCAGAGCCAAGAGUGCCGAGGCGGAUGACCCUUUCAAGGACAGGGAGUUGCCAGGUUGUCCUGAAGGGAAGAAGAUGGAAUUUAUUACCAGCCUGCUGGAUGCUCUCACCACAGACAUGGUUCAGGCCAUUAACUCAGCAGCGCCCACUGGAGGUGGGAGGUUCUCAGAGCCAGAUCCCAGCCAUACCCUGGAGGAGCGGGUGGCACACUGGUACUUCAGCCAGCUGGACAGCAACAACAGUGACGACAUUAACAAGCGAGAGAUGAAGCCCUUCAAGCGCUAUGUAAAGAAGAAAGCCAAGCCCAAGAAAUGUGCCCGGCGUUUCACUGACUACUGUGACCUCAACAAGGACAAGGUCAUCUCACUGCCUGAGCUGAAGGGCUGCCUGGGUGUUAGCAAAGAAGGUGGUAGCCUUGGCAGCUUCCCCCAGGGAAAACGAGCAGGCACAAACCCAUUCAUUGGACGCCUUGUCUAAGGAGCAGAAGAUCAAAGGGCCAGUGGAGCGUCCAAGGAGACAGGACCGACCAUCAGACACCGAACCUUCAGCACUGCCCAUGCCCAGCCACAGCCCGUGUAACAUAAGUGGUGCCCGUUAUGUUUGCACUUUUAAUAACUCUUAAUGCGUGUGUUUUGUUUCUGGUUUCAUUUGUAAACACCAGCUAUCUAAUACCACGGCGGGAACAGGAAAGGGAAGACAAGCGGUUUAUUCUCUAAAGUUAAGAUUUUGGAUCUGCUACUGACAACUUUUAGGGUAUUGGGGAGGGGGGUGUUACUGGGAUUGAGAGGAAAGAGAUUUAUAUACUGUAUAUAAAUAUAUAUGUAAAUUGUA